AUGACGGCAAUUGAGAGUUUCGACAGCAUCUACCUUGACCUCUCCAAGGAGAGCGGCAAGUGCAGAUUCGCAGAGACCGGCUUCGGCUGGAAACCCGCCGGCGGCGGUGACACCUUCACCCUCGAUCACAGCAACAUUGGCAGCGCCCAAUGGAGCCGCGCCGCCAGGGGAUACGAGAUCCGCAUCCUGCAGCGCAACUCUGGCAUCAUCCAGCUCGACGGAUUCCAACAGGAGGACUACGAGCGCCUGAGCAAGAUCUUCAAGAACUGGUACAGCACCGCGCUGGAGAGCAAGGAGCACGCGCUGCGGGGAUGGAACUGGGGCAAGGCCGAGUUCUCCAAAUCCGAAAUCACCUUCAACGUCCAGAAUCGCCCGGCCUUUGAGCUGCCCUACUCGGAGAUUGGAAACACAAACUUGGCGGGUCGAAAUGAAGUUGCCCUGGAGCUCUCCCUGCCCCUCAACGCCAACGACACUGGCACCAACGGCCAGCUGGGCGGCGCUAGAGGCAAGGGCAAGAAGGCUGGUGCGGGCAAGGAUCAACUGGUCGAGAUGCGAUUCUAUAUCCCCGGUGUAACGACGAAGAAGGAGACCGAGGGCGAGGACGCCGGUAGCGAUGGUGGUGAGGAGGAGGAGAAGAAUGCAGCUACGCUCUUCUACGAGACUCUCAUUGAGAAGGCAGAGAUUGGCGAGACUGCUGGUGAUACCAUCGCCACAUUCCUCGAUGUUCUGCAUCUCACUCCCAGAGGUCGUUUUGAUAUCGACAUGUACGAAGCCUCGUUUAGACUCCGUGGAAAGACGUACGACUACAAAAUCCAAUACGAAGCAGUCAAAAAGUUCAUGGUCUUACCCAAGCCCGACGAGAUGCACUGCCUCCUUGUUAUUGGCUUGGAUCCUCCUCUGCGCCAGGGCCAGACGAGAUAUCCCUUUGUCGUCAUGCAGUUUAAGAAGGACGAGGAAGUGACCAUUGACUUGAACAUUGAAGAGGCAGAGCUGGAGAGCAAAUACAAGGACAAGCUCGAGCCCCAUUACGAGGAGCCCCUACACCACGUUGUUGCCAAGAUGUUCCGCGGCCUUGGCAACAAGAAGAUUUCAUCACCUGCAAAGGAUUUCCUUACUCACCGCAACCAGUAUGGUAUUAAAUGCGCUAUCAAGGCUAGCGAAGGUUUCCUGUACUGCUUGGAAAAGGCAUUCAUGUUCGUCCCGAAGCCAGCGACAUACAUUGCCUACGAGCAAACACAGUCCGUCACCUUCUCCCGCGUCAGCGGCGCAGUCUCCGCCCUGUCCACAUUCGACAUAACCGUCGUCAUGAAGAACGGCGCCGGGUCAUCGCAGUUCAGCAACAUUAAUCGUGAGGACCUCAAAGCCCUGGAAUCCUUCUUCAAGCUCAAGGGCCUGCGCGUCAAGAACGAGAUUGACGAGGACGCCAACCUUCUCGCCGCCGCCCUCCGCGAGGAAGCCAUGGACGACUCUGACGACGAGGUCGUUGUCAACAAGGCGGACCGCGGAUCCGCAGACGAAGAUGAAGAGAGCGUGGACGAGGACUUCCAGGCCGAUAGCGACAGUGAUGUUGCAGAGGAGUACGACAGCAACCAUGAGAGCUCCGGGUCUGGAAGUGCGGAGAGCGACGUGGAUAAUGACGAUGAUGAUGAAGAAAUGGAAGACGCUGAUGAGCCGCCGAAGAAGAAGUCAAAGACGGGCAAGAAAUGA